AUGUCCGAUGCAGCGGUCACCAUAAUGUCGGGAACGGACCCGCUAACGGAGGCUGCCGAGAAGGACCCGGUGGGAGCGGAGGCGUCGCCAGAAGAGGAGGAGGAAGCGGCCCAGGUGGCAGAGGUCGCGGCGGCGGCGAGGGUGGCGGAAGAGAACGAGGAGGUGCCGCGAGAGGCCGCCGUGGAGCUCUACGCAUAUCCAAUGGAAGCAGUGAAUCUUUUGGAUGAUGACGGUAAUGAAACAGAAGUGGAGGAGUGUUUGAGAACAAAUCGUUAGAAAAAGAAAAUAAUAACUCAAGUAUUCUGAGCAAAAAAAAUUAUUUCAGCCAUAACACAUGAAGGUAAUGCCAAUAUUUUUGGUAAAGUGUAGGUACAAUUGUAUCCUUCUUCACAAAUAUUAAAUUAACA